UCUGGGAUAGACUGCUCUAUGCUGCGCCGCCGCCACCAAAAUCACGUAGCCUUUCCUGUCGAUCGCCGAGCCGUAGCUUCGGCAGCUCGCUUCGAUUCGCUGCUCUCCGGGAGGCUCGCAUCCAGGUCCGCGCUGCAGCUAUGUUUCGCAACCAGUAUGACAAUGAUGUCACUGUUUGGAGCCCUCAGGGCAGGAUUCAUCAAAUUGAAUAUGCAAUGGAGGCUGUUAAACAAGGUUCAGCCACAGUUGGUCUGAAAUCAAAAACCCAUGCAGUGUUGGUUGCACUGAAGAGGGCACAGUCAGAACUUGCAGCUCACCAGAAAAAAAUUCUUCAUGUUGACAACCAUAUUGGUAUCUCAAUUGCGGGACUUACUGCUGAUGCUAGACUGUUAUGUAAUUUUAUGCGCCAGGAGUGUUUGGAUUCCAGAUUUGUAUUUGACAGACCACUUCCAGUCUCUCGUCUUGUAUCUCUAAUUGGAAGCAAGACCCAGAUACCAACACAGCGGUAUGGCCGGAGACCAUAUGGUGUCGGUCUGCUAAUUGCUGGUUAUGAUGAUAUGGGCCCUCACAUUUUCCAAACCUGUCCAUCUGCUAACUAUUUUGACUGCAGAGCUAUGUCCAUUGGAGCCCGUUCUCAAUCAGCUCGUACUUACCUGGAGAGACAUAUGUCAGAGUUUAUAGAAUGCAAUUUAAACGAACUGGUUAAACAUGGUCUGCGUGCCUUAAGAGAGACACUUCCUGCAGAGCAGGACCUAACUACAAAGAAUGUUUCUAUUGGAAUUGUUGGUAAAGACUUGGAGUUUACAAUCUAUGACGAUGAUGAUGUAUCUCCAUUCCUGGAAGGUCUUGAAGAAAGACCACAAAGAAAGGCACAGCCUGCACAACCUGCUGAUGAGCCUGCAGAAAAGGCUGAUGAACCAAUGGAACAUUAAGCAAUAAAGUAUAUUAUCACAUGUGUCAGAAUGCAGGAGCACAUACUGAUGACAUACUGAUACCCUGUACUUUGAACCAACAGAUACAAAGUCGUGGAAUAGUAUGUUUUAGUAAUCAGUCCAGAUGUGAGUGUUUUUCCAAGCAACUUCUCUGUAACCAUAUAAUGGGGUGCGUUUUUCUUUGAGAAGGACUAUGUUAUCAUUUUCUAGAAAAUAUGGGUAGCCAUACCAAUGUUUUUAUAUGAAGAAAAUAGUGUCUUUGUGAUUCUAAAGACAACUGUGAAAUAAAGUUGUUUCACCUGCUA